AUUUCGUCGCUGAAAUCUGUAGCAAUGCCUGAACCAAAAGCUGCACCAGCUCCUAAGAAGGGCUCUAAGAAAACCGUUUCUAAAAGCCAAGCAAAGGGUGGGAAGAAACGCAGAAAGUCCAGGAAGGAAAGCUACGCUAUCUACGUAUACAAGGUGCUGAAGCAAGUACACCCUGAUACUGGUAUUUCUUCCAAGGCGAUGGGCAUCAUGAACUCGUUUGUAAACGAUAUAUUUGAGCGCAUCGCCGGUGAGGCUUCUCGCCUAGCACAUUACAACAAGCGCUCGACCAUUUCUUCAAGGGAGAUCCAGACUGCUGUAAGGCUGCUGUUACCAGGUGAGCUUGCUAAGCACGCCGUGUCCGAGGGCACUAAGGCAGUCACCAAGUAUACCAGCUCCAAAUAAACACAAUUACUUCCAAAAACCAACGGCUCUUUUCAGAGCCUCC